AUGUUGGUGCAGCACCAUGUAGUAGGGAAGCUGUUUCGAAAUCAAUAUGACAAUGAUGUUACUGUAUGGAGUCCUCAGGGCCGUAUUCAUCAGAUUGAAUAUGCCAUGGAAGCUGUAAAACAAGGUUCAGCAACUGUAGGAUUGAAAUCAAAGACUCAUGCUAUCCUAGUUGCCUUAAAGAGAGCUCCAUCAGAGCUGUCUGCUCAUCAGAAAAAGAUAAUUCCUAUUGAUGAUCAUGUUGGCAUAUCAAUUGCUGGACUUACAGCUGAUGCUCGGCUGCUCAGCAAUUUUAUGAGAACAGAAUGCUUGAAUUCUCGAUAUGCAUAUGAUCAACCAUUACCAGUAUCCCGAUUAGUUGCAAUGAUUGGGAACAAAUCUCAAAUUCCUACACAGCGAUAUGGCCGAAGACCAUUUGGUGUUGGUUUGUUGGUUGCUGGAUAUGAUGAUAUGGGACCUCAUAUUUACCAAACUUGUCCUUCAGCAAACUAUUAUGAUUGCAAAUGUAUGGCCAUUGGUGCUAGGUCUCAAUCUGCUCGCACAUGUCUUGAGAAAAACUUGGAUAAAUUUUAUGAUUGUAGUGUCAAUGAACUAAUAAGAUAUGGUUUGAGGGCUCUGAGAGAUACAUUACCGCAAGAUGUGGAAUUAACAACAAAGAAUUGUUCUUUAGCUAUUGUUGGUCCUGAUACCAAGUUUACUAUUUAUGACAAUGAAGCUGUUGCAGAAUUUUUAGAAUUAAUUGAAAAAGAUGAACGUUCACGAGGUCCCCCACCAGCUGCUGAGACUCCCAUGGAACAGGAAGAUCAACCUGAAUCAUUUACUCCUGCUGAAGGAGGACCACAUCCAGUUGUAGCUAUGGAACCUGAAUAG